UCGAGUAGUGUCUAACAAGUGUUUGCCGCGUGUUCAUCGCUUCUUCAUCCAAAUAUGAGUUUCAAGGUUCAGCCAAAGGGUUUCGCCACCAAAUCCAUCCAUGCCGGUCAGGAUCCCGAGCAGUGGAAGAGUGCUUGUGUUAUUCCGCCCAUCACGUUGAGCACAACCUUCAAGCAGGAUGCACCCGGUGAACACCGUGGCUUUGAAUACUCAAGAAGUGGAAAUCCCACACGUAAUGUGCUGGAGAAAUGCCUUGCGGCGCUGGAUAAUGCCAAGUAUGGUUUGACUUUUUCGUCGGGAUUGGGUGCAACUACGACUGUCCUCACCAUGCUCAACAGCGGCGAUCACAUCAUAAUGGGUGACGAUGUAUAUGGCGGAACUAACCGACUAAUCAGACAGGUGGCCACACGUCUGGGAAUCACAGCUAGUUUUGUGGAUGCGACCAAUUUGGAUAAGCUGAAAGCUGCCUUCAAGCCAGAGACAAAGCUCGUUUGGAUUGAAUCGCCAACGAAUCCGCUUAUUAAAGUGGCGGACAUUGAAGCUAUUACAAAAUUGAGUCAUUCAAUUGGAAAUGUAAUUGUUGCCGUCGACAAUACGUUUUUGACCUCGUAUUUCCAAAGACCUUUGGAGCUGGGUGCUGAUUUAGUUUGCUAUUCCCUGACAAAGUAUAUGAAUGGACACACUGAUGUUGUCAUGGGCGGCAUUACAAUGAACUGUGAAAAUCUGUAUGGCAGAUUGAAGUUCCUACAAAAUGCGGUUGGCAUUAUUCCGUCGCCGUUUGAUUGUUAUCAAGUGAAUCGCAGUCUGAAAACGCUGUCGUUGCGCAUGGAACAGCACCAGAAGAGCGCAAUUAAAAUCGCCAAAUUUUUAGAAUCCCAUCAGUUUGUUGAGAAAGUGCUGCAUCCUGGCUUGGAGUCACAUCCACAUCACGCAAUCGCUCUCAAGCAGACAUAUGGUUACAGUGGAGUCUUCUCAUUCUAUAUCAAGGGUUCCCUGAAGCAAUCUACGGCGUUCUUGAAGGCCCUUAAAUAUUUCACAUUAGCUGAAAGUCUCGGCGGAUAUGAAAGUUUGGCUGAGUUGCCUUCCAUCAUGACACACGCCUCGGUGCCUGUUGAAGACCGCAAGACGUUGGGUAUAACUGAUGCUUUGGUCCGCUUGUCGGUCGGCCUUGAGGACGCCGACGAUUUGAUAAAGGAUCUGGAAAAUGCUUUGGAUGCUGCAGCCAAAGUUUGAAAAAGCCCAAGAAUAAAUCACAAAUUAUUCGGCUAAUUGCAAAUUUGUAGAUUAAAUUCAAUAAAAUAUUACUGAAAUUAUUUCUUUCUACAAUUUGAA